UUCUGCGCGGCCCCACGUGCCAAAUAAAGGCAGGCAGAAAAACAUCACGAGUGAAGUGCUGCAGACACAGCACAUGGUCCUCCUGCCUGCUAGCGGACACCACCCGAGAAACAGCCUCCAAGCUCGGUUAACACUAAAGAAAAGCUGUCACGAAGCCAGCAUGUCGACAAAUGACGUUAAAAGCUGCCCCAUCCCCACUCGGGUGCUCACCCUGAAGGACUGGUCCCAGCUCCCCGACUGCUACAGCCAGACUCCCGGUGGCACUUUGUUCUCCACUACGCCCGGAGGUACCCGCAUCAUCUAUGACAGGAAGUUUUUGUUGGAUUGCAGAAACUCUCCUCUCUCCCGCACCCCACCAUGUCUCCCCCAGAUCCCGGGGGUAACGUGCCCUGCAACUCACCCUGGGAGCAAGCUGCAGGAUGUCAAAGAGGAGGUGGAAGAGGAAGAGAAGGACAUUGCAGAUGACAACCAGUUUGAGAUGGACAUCUGAGCUCCAGUUUUACCUCCUGUGGAGAGCUAUCACUCAAAACACCUCCAUGGUCAGUACUGACCGUAAAGCAUUGCAAUAGUUUUAUUUUAUUUUUUAUUUUAUUUUUUAAACAAAGGCUGCGGAACCAAAAACAAUCUUAGAAAAGUAGGGUGUUUUUGACCCUAAAAGGUGUUUUGCUAGACAUGGUACCAAAUGGGUUAAUUGCUCACUUGAGCUUUAGCAGGAUUUGAAAAUAAAAAUCAAUUUUGAUUUAACUUUUUAUAUCUUUUGUAUAUAUUACAAUGUACUAUGUAGCUUAAUUUUAAGUUGGCAAAUAAAGAUGAUUACAUUGAGAGAUGUAAAGUCAUCAUUUUCACUGCAGGCUUGUUUUUUAUUUUUGUUUUUUACCCUUUGCUUAAAAGGCACUGCAAUUACCACCAAAGUGUCUCCUUUUUUGGGGCAGACUAAAAACUGCUCACGCUGUUUUUUUUUAAUGGAGAAAGGGAUUAAAUGUGAAUAAUUGAAAAUAAAGGCUGUUCAAAAUGUG